CGCGCUCGGUCGGCUGGUAAGAACGCUGAUCGAAACUCUAUCAAACCAGCUGAGGGAGGGGGAGUAUUUUCAGAACUCAUUGGCGUUUUAAUACGUUAGAACGUCGUGAUAAAAGAAUCGAAAACAAACAUUCGGUGGAUUAAUCAAGAGGACAAACUAUUUUCGUAUUGACUCAAGACAUCCCAAUCGUCGUUUCUGUCCCUGCAAUGCGGUUUCGUUCAAGUUCUGACGGUUUUGGUGGGUGUGGAAACUUAUGAACAAGUUAUUGAUCGCUUGCACGGAAGGUUUUUCACUUGUCUCACGUUCAAGGUGGUGUCUUGAAGUCAGAUUGAAGAAGCUUGCGGGAACGAUUUUUCUCUGCUUUCUGAAGGAUAAGUCUAAAGUUACAAGUUCUGUCAGUGUGGGGUAUCGUCAAAUGUGAUUCGGGGUUGUUCUCCGGAGAAAUUCUUGAGUGGGAAUUCUUGUUAUGAAACAACGUUGUUUGUGUCAACAGCUGAUACGUUAGGUUGUUGUGUGGAAACACCAGCUCUUUCACAAUGGAUAACAGGGCACGGGAUUUUGCCAGGCUCAACUUCUCAAGAUCGAUCCCUCGCUUCAGCAGGUGCUCACCGACAGAGGUCGCUACCACCCUGAUGUUGAUGUCGGAGCUUGACGAGAAAGAUGCGAUUAGACUCCUAAAAUCGUCGGCUGGGAUCUAUUCAGAUCACUUUUUCUCAAUGGAGGAGUCUAUCGAGGAUGCUGUUCGGGACGUGAACCCCGACCGAGUGUUGUCCCUCAUCUCCCCAGCCAGCUACGACAUCAACUCCAAUUUUCAGCUGGCUUUGCCGCCGGACAUAUUCUUCACAGCAGUAGAUGGGGUCACGGCCAAGCCCAAGGAGUACCGCUGUGCCGCACAGAUGGUGUACCUCCUCCGCAACAUUGGAGCGCAGAUCAAUGUACAGGAUGGGAAUGGAGACACACCCUUGUUGAAGUACCUGAAGACUGGCAGCGUCCAGCCUGAUGUGGUGGAGGCCUUUCUUCGGUGUAACGCUGACGUCUACCUCUCCAACAAGGUAGGGGAAUACCCCCUGGAAGUGGUGACUGUGUGUCCGGACAUCCCCAAGUCUGUUAAAGAUGUCUUCAUGAAAUAUGUGCCUGGUAUCUGGGAGGCUGUAGAAGGAGACGAUGCCAUGAAUGUACGGAAACUCAUCAACCAGUGGUGUCGAGUCGACAUUGAGAAGAACGGGAAGAGUUUGUUGCAGCUGUCUCUGGACAUCGGGACGGAGAGCAUCAUCCGGGUCAUCAGUGGGAUCCGGCCCUCUAUGGAGUUUGCCCAUGGGGUGCUGGCUGGGGACACUCUGACGGUGAAGAAGCUGCUGUCUACCAGGAAAAAACACAUCAACCUUAACUUCAGAAACAUGGGCGACCGUGGUGCCACACCCCUUCUCUAUGCACUGGUCCAGGGCCACAGCGACAUGGUGCAAGUCUUGCAGGACCACGGAGCUCGGGUCGACCUCGGCAUGCGAGGCGAUGAGGAGACGGACAUUCCACUGUACUUUGCUGCCUUGGGUUGUGACCCUCCGAUCUCACCCAGCCUGUUGAUACAGAUCUUACCAACAGGACCCAUCAAUAUAGACAAUCUCUUCUAUAAAGGCAAGAACGUGUUGUUCCACUGUAUCGACAUGGACGUGCGGCCGGAGGUUGUCGAAGGCAUUCUCAUGAAGGGCUCAGCGUACCUCGUCACACAGAGGAUCAAGGACAACAUCACACCAAGACAAUACGCCUACCAGAUGUCCUGUGACGCCAUUGCAGAGGUCAUGGAUAAGCUUGUUCUGCGAUGGAUAUUUCAUGAAAACGGUCCCAACAGGAAGAUCCUGGCUCUCCAUGGUUACGAAUACCUGCCCAUGGCUGUGAAGGAUCUUUCCCAUACAGAAUCAGAAGAAUCCCCUGGCGACAGCUUCUUCAGAAUACUUCCAAUAUACCAGCACCGGAUUGUACAGUUCCAUGAGUCGGUGGAGGACUGUGACGUGGACGCUGUUCGCAUGUUGAUGUACUUCUCAUCACCAGACUACAACCCCGAGUUUGAGUGCUGCCUAGCAGACUCACGCACACAUGGUGAGGGACAACCUCCGCUCCACAAGGCUGUACUGCGAGGCUGCUACGAGAUAGUGGAAUUACUAGCAGAAACACUAGUAUAUGAGAAGAAGACAAGACUGGACUCCAUUAGAGAUCAGUCUUUCAGAACAGCUCUACACUAUGCAUACGCCAUGGAGAAUGGCAAGGAACUGGUGGACUUGCUGCUGGACUACGGAGCGUCAGAGUUCACCAUGGACAAGGAAGGACGGUCUCCCUUGGCCUUCAAAGAUCGCCGAGGUCAGCAUCUCAUGGAAGCUUUGUUGGACUACCAGUUACUCCAGGAUUUUACUACUCCAGAACCGGACCCAUUUGCAGUUUCAAUGCCGAUCCCCAUCAUCGGCUACCUCCUCAACUGUACGCACACCCAUCACCGCCCUGGCCAGCUCACCCACAAGCUCGCUGCACUUCCAAGUUCCACCACUCCACGCCGACGCUCACUUCCUGAUGCAAAGAUCAACAAGGUGAUCAGCAAGUCGGCCACAAUAGCCUCUCACAUCGCCAGUCUGCCCGAUACCGUGAAAGCCAAGCUGGCCACGAGAGCCUACAACAAGUGUUCCGCACUGCCCAGAGAGUACAACCCUCUGCCCACUGAUGACUUCGACAGGUACGACUUUGAAGAGGAGGGAUUCGAGACAGGGGGUGAAAAUGAUGACUUGCUUCAUGAAAGAGAAAUCAAGAAGUCCUCCUCUUGUGUUAUUCAGUGAUAAUUGGGUGCAUGAGUACUGGGCCAAGGGCAUUCCUUUAUUUUUGUUUCACAGAAUUUCUUGGUAAAAUACAUGUGAAAUGUGUUGGUUUAAGUCAGUACAUUUUAUCAUUGACUUUGACUGAAGUU